GUGACCGUUUGCUUAUGGCUGCUGUAUACUCAUUAUAUUACUCUCUCUCUUUCUUGUCUCUCUCUCUCUCUCGUCGUCGCUGAUGAUCGUGGAAUAGAAGUUGUCACAUUGUCCACUCACGGUGCAUUCGAGAGAUAAGACGAGUCGUCGCGCGAAACGGCUGCGUGCGACGAGUUGUUGUUGUUGUUGUUGUUUUUUUUUCAGUGACUCGGUGCAAAUCAAAUUUUUGUAAUCGUUAUCGAGAGGCCACGUGGAUAAAUUCGACAAGUAUAUAUACCACGAUAUAUACGAUAAAAAGAAGCUCCUAGAGCGGCGCGCGCGUACGACAUGGCCGAGGAAAGCGGCAGAUCGAGCGGUGGAGCCAGGAUAGACUGCGCGCGGAUAAUGGCCAAGAAUCCAAAGCGCAUGGUCUUUUUGAUCUUCAAAAUUGUCGAAGUGGUGCUGUGCGACGUGGCGAUCGGCCUGUCGAACUAUCCGUUCGACGACGUGCAGGUGCGCCGCAACUUCUUCCACAACUUCACGGACAUCGAGGGCGCCAUCGUGUUCACCAGCCUCUACGGCUACAGCCUCAUCAACGUCGUCCUCGUCGUCUCGUACUUUCUCGACGAGAAGUUGCCGAAAAAAAUGCUGAUGAUAUUCUCGAGCGUCGCGGCGAUUCUGUGCUGCAUCACGGGCGUGAUACUGAUCGUCGAGCUGGGCAAUCACGACUACGACCUGGUGCCGACCGAGUACAUCGAUCAGCUGCUGCCGAGCGGCUGCGUCGCGGUCCUCGCCUCGCUCACCUUCGCCCUCGACACUCUGCUCACUUACAAAUACAUAUGAGACGAGAGACAGAGAGUGACUUUUAUUUAUAAUCUACUUAUAAAUAUAUCUAUACAUAUAAAAUACGUAUUAAUGAACUUGCAAACACCUGCGCAAUUUUAUACAUAAUAUAAAUCGCGAAUUGAUUCUCU